AUGGGAGGAUUUGGUACAGCCUAUAGGGGCCCGGUCAAACCUUGGUAAGUAUAAAUGGCGUCCCAAGCCCACCUCUGAUUCAUUUAGUCGUGUUUGUGGUUUUUCACAUCCUGCAAAAUCAACAAUUCCUGUUCUGCCAUGGAUCUUGCUGCGAGUAUGUGAGUAUCUACAAUGUCUUUAUUAUACAACAUUUUUUUUUUCAAAUGUGCCUUACUCACCUUAUAUUAUCAUGUCUUUAUCUGUUUUAAAGCCAAAGGUAACAAGUCAAAGGUAAAUAAGCUGAGUAGAAAGAACAAAUCGAAAGCCAAGCCGCCUAUUAAUACGAAUGAGAGUCUGUCUAACUACAACAGUAUUUUUUUUUUCUAUUUAGUAAACACAUAACUAACCACCUAUUUUUUGCAGGUACCCCACGGGUGCCGACUUCUGGGGUCGGACAUACCCGAUCAUUAUAGAAAAUGAUGAUGAUUUUCAAGGUACGUCUCAAGAUAUUCGUAUACAAUUCCAUGGGUGCUGGAACAUGCAAAAUUGUUUUACACCAUUUCUCUGUUUUUUUUCUAUUUCUUAAUCUCAAGUGGCAAAGGUGAGCAAGCAGCAGCAGCGAAAGCGCAAAUCAGUAGGAGAGACAUCACAGUCAAGUAAAAGGUGCGUAUCAUGUGUACAUACAGUGUGUCAAUAUUCGAGUAAAGAAAACAACUAACUUUGCUAAUCCUUAUCCAAAGACAUCCCUUGAUUGAUGACGUCGACGCUGUUGUACACCAGACAGACACCAGAGGCCUUCACCCAGCACCAGAUGCCCUGCCUGAAAAAGAAUCUGGCCGAGCCGCGGAUCCUACCCUAUAG